AUGGAGCCUGAGGAGGAUCACUUUGAAGAUGUUCAGCCGCCUGGCGAAGCUGCGGAGUCAAAACCCGCAAGACCAAAGGCGAAAUCAAAGGCGAAGGCAAAGGUGAAGAGGAGGAGGAAGAAAAGAGGCGGAGCCGAAGGCAAUCCCAUUGAUCCAGGAUGUGCCAGAGCUGAAGGCGCUGAAGUCACUGGACCCUUGGGAGGCGAAGAGCCCGACCGCGAUCCUAACGACCAGCCCAACGAGAGUCAAAAUAUGCAUUGCUUGAAUAUUGAAGAGCCGCUCGAGAGCAGACGCUCCCUUCAGCCGGAUCCUGUUCAUGCACAAACGGCUGCCAUAGCCCAAGUCAUUGGUGUUCAACAUCUUCCAGCUGCAAACUCCAAGACUGAACUCCUGUGCCUAGAGUCGGAUGAUGCAGGUGGUGAACGCACCAUGACUCGUGCACCUCAGCGCUUUGUCAGAGCUUUGGUGGUGAACGACCUGGCAAAGAAAGAUGCUCCUGAUUUUGGACUGGUCCUAUCACUGGAGGUGGCGGAUCAUGGAAAACAUCAGCUUUGUAAACUGGUGCUCCCUGAGAAGUUCGAAGAACACGAGAAGAGUUGCACGCCACUCACCAUCGUGUUGGAGAAGGAUGAACGGAUCCUAUGCUUCCGCCUUGAUGAGGUGAAGGACAAAGAAAGUGGCUUCAGCGUGUACUUCAACCCCCAAGUCGUCAUCCAGUCCCCUUGCCAAGAGCUCCAAGAGGUUCAGGAAGAUCCUCAGUCACCUGCUGACAAACCUUACAGAUGCUCGUGGGGUUGCCUGAGAAGAUGCCAAAAACGGCAGGAACAAGUUGUUUUGCGCCUGGAGCGGCUCUCUGGACACUUCGAGUGGCCAGAGAAAGCUUUGAAGGGGCAGUGGCGCCAGCUGCCAGAGCUGGAUGUGUCGGUGCCCCUGUGGACGUCUCCGCCAAUUCGACAUGCCACGACAGAGACGGUCGCCACGCUCCGCAGCAUGCGUGGCCAAGAACGUGAUCACCUUCUUGGUGCUGUGUUGAUGUCUUCUUCGCGUUGGAGCACGCGGAACCUCACCGGGCAAACAGCAAUGUUUUGGUUUGAGCUGCUGGUUCUGGAUUGUGCCGCGUGGUAUUUCGAUGUCUACUCGGACAUAAGCUCACUGCAACUGUUCGCCAGCACUGGCAUGAUGGACUACUUCGUGCUGAACUUCGCAGGAAUGAUGCUCCCUAUGAUAGUCAGCCUGCGAGACAUUUGGCAUUUCCAUGCCACUCCCUCACCAGAGUUAGAUGCACUGAAAGCUGCGGCCCGUCAUGUGCACUUGAGCGGUCAUUGGUUGGAGCUUGCCACUUAUGGUGCUAUCGCGCUCCAAAUGCAGAUGCUCUGGCUGACAGCUUGGUCUGCCAAGCACUGCAUGAAGCAUUCAUUGCUUGGGGCUACCAAGCUCGCGGAGGUGGCGGAGUCAGCGUGCUCUGCUUUAAUCCAGUUCAAUUAUUUGCUGUGCGUGAUCGUUGGUGUGAAGGAGUUCGACACGCUGCAGCUCAGCGAAGCUGAUUUCAUACGACUUGGAGCUUCCAUCACCAUGUCCUGUGGUCUCCUUGGGAUGGGCUUUGCGUUCCGUGACACAGAGCCCGUUCGAGUCUUGGGGCUGCCAGGCAAGUUGAAACUUGACCGCGAACCGUUCCUGCUGGCUGCCUUAACCCUUGUCAGGGUGUUGGAAGUGACGAGCCAGGUACUGGCAAUCAACUUCGUGCAUGUGUCCACGCGCUUCCAGGGAUUCUCUAUGGGUGGCCCGGCAAUGACCUUGGGCCUGGCACUGCUCGCAAAGUUCUUUCUGACGAAAGCGACCACGGAGCAUGUUUUGGCCGCUAUCCUGGCCCACCCAGGGCAGGUUCUGGAGCCGCGGUCACUCAUGCCCUUGGGAAACACUAUGAAGAUGAAGGUCGCAUCAGCAGCUGCUGUCAUCAUUGCCCAGGCGUUUGCCCGUUAUUCUACCUUCAGCGAGGAAGCCAAGGCCAUACCCGAUUGGCUCCUCGCCAUGUGGUUCGCAUUGACAGUACUGAGCUGGAUGGGAUUGGGAGGGAUGGCACUCUUUGGCAAGAAGGUGAAGAACAAGACCUUUCAGCGUCUUGCAGAUGAUGUCGGCGUCAUCACCUACAGAGCAGUCAAAGCCGCCUUCGACUGUGCCAAAGAGGUGCCUGACACAAUCCUCAUGGCUCUCACAGAAGACUACACAUUGCUGUGGGACAAGUCUGCACUGGAGGAGCUGAGAGCCGUCUCAGCCUCCAUGGACAGGUGGACCGUUUGGUCCAAUCCGAGGCUGAAGCUUUGCCAAUCUUUCAUUGAAGAACUUGGGCACAAGGGCAUCGUAGAGGGCUUUUCUAUUUUGGCACUCCACAACCCUGAGGAGCUUCUUCUGCCAGGUUGCUAUGAGAUUCCCAGCGAUGCAUGGGGAGCACUACAAAGAGCACAGUGGUCCAAGCUGAAGAAGGUGAAUUUGCACGAGUGCCCCGUCCAGUAGAGUGGAUGUUUGUUGAUCACUGCCUCUUGGGCGGAAGGGCAGAGGACUUCGACUAGGAGUGCUUCAGCCGCGACACGGAAGGCGCAGAAGGAGCCAAAGACCUUUUGAUGGCCUUGGCUUCGAGCAAAGAGCUGGAGGAGCCCUUUGCCACCUUUGCCCAUUGUGCAAGCAUGUCCAAGCCCAGUUGCUCUUUUGCAUUUGUAGGAGCUUCUUCUGCAAAGUUGCUAUGAGAUUCCCAGUGAUGCAUGGGCAGCGCUACAACGAGCACAGUGGCCCAAGCUGAAGAAGGUGAAUUUGCAAGAGUGC